GACACUUAGUAACGUUCCAUAGUCUGUUUGAAGCUCAAAACAGCAUCUGAAUUCACUGACUUUGAUGGUUUUGGGGCUUUCCGGAUAGCCACUAGACUAAAAAGAAUUAUCGACAAUCACGACUUUAACAGAAAAAGAUUUCACUUACUUUCGUGACAAAAAAAAAAAAAAAAGAUUUCACUUACUUAAAAAACUUCCUAAAAUUCAAUAAAAAUAAAUUAUAUAUCUUUAAUCAUAUUAGCCUCUCCACUUGAAUCCGUUUCUAUUUAAACAGAACACUGAAGUAAAACAAGACAUCCUACCACAACAAUAGAGCAGAGAGUUUCUCGUGUUUAUUUUCCAGUGACGGUGUCUACAAAUGGAAGCAUUAAAAAUGUGUUUUGGUCUUAAAACUCUCCCUAACGUUCACAAUGGCCCUCUCUGUCAUAAGACCAACCUCUCUCUCAUUCCCCGCCGUUUGCUUCAAAACAACACUCCUUUUUCCAAGAAACCCACAAAGCACUUGUCAUGGGUAAAGACUGAGAGUAGUGGCGACCUUGAGAGUACUCGUCCCUUGACCUACUUUUCUCCAUCUACUUGGGGAGAUUACUUCCUCUCUGUUCCCGUCGAUGACUCUGAAUUUGAGGCACUUGAGCAAGAAAUUGAAUCUGUAAUGAAGCCAGAAGUAAGAGACAUCCUCAUGUGUCCUCACAAUAAUAACAAGGAGAAGAUUCGUAUUAUCCAUUUGCUUAUCAGCCUCGCUAUCGCUCAUUAUUUUGGGAGCGAAAUAGAAGAGAUUCUACACCAAGCUUUCCUAAAGUUGGAUGACUUAAUUUCAGAAGAAAAUGACCUGGAAACAAUUGCAAUCAUGUUUGAAGUUUUCAGGCUAUACGGACACAAGAUGUCUUGCGAUGUGUUUGAGAGAUUUAAAGGUGAAGAUGGGAAAUUCAUGGAAAGUCUGGUACAUGAUGUUAGAGGAAUGCUACAAUUGUAUGAAGCAGCGCAUCUCGGACUACCAUCUGAAGAUAUAAUGGACAAUGCAUUGACUUUCACGCGGCAUCACUUGGGGUUGUUGACUGGCCAAGAAACUAGCCCAAAUCUCUGUAAGCAGAUACAACGUGCACUGUAUAGAUCUCGAUAUAAUAACAUAGAGAUAGUGGUCGCACGACAAUACAUAUCUUUCUACGACCAGGAGGAAGGCCACGACAAGACCCUUCUCAAGUUUGCAAAGCUCAACUUCAACUUUUGCCAAAUGCACUACAUCAAAGAGCUUAAGCUUAUCACCAAAUGGUGGAAAGAUCUAGGUAUGGCGUCUCAGCUAUCUUACAUAAGGGACCGAAGCGUGGAGAUCUAUUUUGGGAUGCUAGGAAUGUUUUUCGAGCCACGAUAUUCACUUGGAAGAAUUCAUACCGUUAAACUUACAAUGGUCCUCACUGUUGUGGAUGAUACAUGUGAUGCAUAUGCCACUCUUCCAGAAGUUAUUAGUCUUCAUGAUGCUUUUCAGAGGUGGGAUCUUGGUGCCACGGAAGAACUACCAAGCUAUAUGAGAAUCAUAUACCAAAGUGUGUUAGAUACUUUUGAGUAUAUUGAUCGAGAAAUGAAAGCUAGAGGAAAGUUCGGUACAAUGAAACCAAUUAUAGAUGAUACCAAGAACCUGUUGAGAUUGUAUGCGAAGACAGCAAAAUGGGCACGCGCAGGUCACGUGCCAAGUUUUGAGGAUUACAUGGAGGUUGGGAUCUCCACAGCUGGACUGCAUGGCUUGUCGGCCUACGGAUAUAUAUCGAUGGACGAUUGUGAUCAGAGGCAAUUAAAUGAGUGGUUCAACUCCAAACCCAAAAUAUUUAAAGCUUUAAAUACUGCAUUUCGUCUUAGAAAUGACAUUGCCACUUUUGAGCAAGAAGUGGGCAGAGGAGAGGUUGCGAAUGGCGUCAACUGUUACAUGAAGCAACAUGGUGUUACCAAAGAAGAAGCGGUUGAAGUAUUGAGCAAGAUGGAACGAGAGAAUUAUAAGAUACUGAGGGAGGAAUUUGUUGUGUCAAAAGAUGUGCCACGACAGAUUCUGUUGCGACCCGUAAACAUUGCUCGAGUGCUGGAUUCGUAUUACAAGGACGGUGAUGGGUUUAGUCAUCCUGAUCAAAACCUAAGAGAUCUUGUUACCUCUUUGUUCCUCCGUCCGAUUCCUCUUUGAAAAUUUAUGAAAGUUUGAGUGAUUUUGGGAGAUAUAUAAAAUAAUGAAUAGACUAAAAUGUUUACUCUA